UUCUCCGCUGCCGUGCCCGUGCCGCAGCGGAGACCCAAUUUCGUUCCGAGCCGAGGUUCCAAUAUUCACCAUUUUCAUGGUGUCCCUUAACCUCAAUCUGGGAAGAAUCUACCUUCGGAAUCCAGCAUCCCAACUUCCUCUCAAUGGCGUCCAUGUCUCUAAAGUUCGAGCCUUUACCCGCAUCCCAACUAUCGAUCACCCAGCCUCCUCCACGAUCAUCCAAAGAAUCUGCUUUCGGGUUUGCGAAUCGUACUACAAUCAACAGAGGAAGCCCCCCAACUCGUUCAACUCAAAGCAUCUCCCCCUGGACUUGCCACUGGAAUCUGAUUUCUUGACCGCGGAACAGGCUAUUACCGUGGUGGCUGCAUUGGCUGACGACGCAGGUGCUAUGGUGGCCUUGAGUUUCUUUUAUUGGGCCGUAGAGAUCCCCAGAUUCAGGCACUGCAUGAGGUUUUACAUUGUUUCCGCCUCAUGCUUUAUCAGAAAAGGCAACUUGGAAAGAACCCAUCAAGUACUGCGCUGUAUGCUGUCGAAUUUUGCCGAGGUUGGGAUGUUGAAGGAGGCUGUGGACAUGGUGCUUGAGAUGCAGACCCAAGGUUUGGUUUUGAGCAUCCAAACAUUGAAUUGUGUGCUGGGCGUGGUGAAUGGAACGGGGUGCGUUGAGAUGGCUGAGAAUGUGUUUGACGAGAUGUGUAAGAGAGGGGUGAUUCCCAAUCCCUACAGCUUCACGUCCAUGGUCGUGGCGUAUUGUAGGCUCGGGAGAACUUCAGAUGCUGGCAGAUGGUUGGGUGAAUUGUUGAGUAGGGGCUUUUUGGUGGACAACGCAACUUUUAGCCUGAUAAUUAAGGUGUUCUGUGUGAAUGGUUGCGUGAAUAGGGCUGUGUGGAUCUUCAACAGGAUGGUAGAGAUGGGGCUGGAGCCAAACAUAAUCAACUAUACCUGUUUGAUCGAUGGCCUGAGUAAAAGGGGGAGCAUUAAGCAGGCAUUUGAACUGUUGGAGAAGUUGGAUAGGAGUGGCUUGAAGCCCAAUGUGUACACUCACACGACGCUGAUUGACGGCCUCUGCAAGAAAGGUUGGACCGAUAAGGCGUUUAGGCUUUUCUUGAAACUUGUUCGGAGCGACAACUACAAGCCCAACGUGCACACUUACACCGCCAUGAUAGCCGGAUAUUGCAGGGAGGAGAAGUUGAGCAGGGCAGAGAUGCUGCUGGAGAAAAUGCAGGAACAAGGUCUGGUUCCUAAUUUGAACACCUAUACGACCCUGAUGGACGGCCACGCCAAGGUUGGAGACUUUGGUAGAGUGUAUGAAUUGUUCGACACAAUGGCCAAACACGGCAUAUAUCCUAACAUGUGUACCUACAAUUCUGUUAUAGACAGUCUCUGCAAGAAGGGACGGAUUGGGGAGGCAUAUAGUUUGCUGAAAAGAAGCUAUUGGGAUGGGCUUUGUGCUGAUAAAGUUACAUAUACCAUUCUUAUAUCGGAGAGCUGCAAACAGAAGGACAUCAAACAAGCUUUAGCUCUUGUUGGUAAGAUGAUUGGAAAUGGGAUCGCACUUGAUAUUCAUACUUACACAACGUUGAUUGCAUCGUUUUCCCGGCAAAAGAAGAUGAGAGAUUGCGAAAGAAUAUUUCUUGAUGCUGCGAAGAUGGGUCUUGCUCCGACCACUCAGACUUACACCUCUAUGAUUUCUGGAUACUGCAGAGGUGGGAAGAUUGACACGGCUAUGAAAGUUUUCCAUGAGAUGCGCACCAAUGCUUGUGCACCCGACAGCGUUACCUUUGGCGCUUUGAUAGGUGGCCUGUGUAAGGAAUCCAUGUUGGACGAGGCUAGAUCACUUUUCGAAGAAAUGGUGGACAAAGGUUUGUCACCAUGCGAAGUCACGCGGAUGACAAUAGCUUAUGAGUUUUGCAAGAAGGGCGAGGCUUGUACCGCAAUGCUCCUGUUGGACAGGCUAGAAAAGAAACAACGGAUGCGCACGGUGACUUCGUUGGUCAGGAAGCUUUGCAGUGAACAUAAAGUAGGGAUGGCUACCCAGUUCUUUGAUAAAUUGAUACAAGUAAACCAGAAUCUGGAUGGCGUGACACUAGCAGCAUUUACAACGGCAUGUUAUGAGAGCAACAACUUUGCACUCGUGUCUGAUAUGUCUGAGAGAAUAAGUAAAUACAAAGGUUAG